UCAUAACAUAAUCCAUUUGUCAUUUUGUCAAGGCGGGCGAAGGCAGUGUCGGCGUCGGUUCGGUUUCGCACUCCGCAGACGACGAAAAUGGCUGGGGAAAAGGGAAUGACCUCAACCUUUUCCACGUUUGGUUUCAUUUUCAGUGUGUUUCUAAUUUGUGUUUCGCUGUUUUUCGAAAGAUGGAAGCAGUUUGUCAUGUUCUUCCUUUUUUGGUUUUUCUUCACAGAAAGACGUUACCGAUUUUUGUAUAUGAUUGUGAAGACUCUCCCCAGAGACCUCAGAGGGAUCUUGAGGUUCGGGUUGACUUUGGCACAGUUCUACAAGUGGAAGAUCCAAGGCGGAGGAACGGCUCGUAUCUUCUCCACCAAUGUUCGAAGACAUCCCAACAAGAUCGCCUUCCACUUCCAAGACCAAUCUUGGACGUUUAAACAGGUGGACGAGAUCUCCAACCAAGUAGCGAAUGUGUUCAAGAGCGAGGGGGUGAAGCGCGGAGACACUGUGGGGCUGUUGAUGGAAAGCAGACCUCAAGUGGUGUUCUAUUGGCUGGGACUGACCAAGCUGGGAGCAGUGACGGCUCUGAUCAACACUAACCAGCGGACGACGGUGUUGUCUCACUCCAUCAGUGCGGGGGCCUUCCAUAGAAUAAUCUGUGGUACGGAACUACUCCAUGCUCUGGAGGAGGUGUUGCCGGAGUGGCCCCAGUUGAAAGUGUACCUCACGGGUGCGUCGCUCUCACAGUUGCCCCCCGGCAGUGUCACCCUGGACACACUUCUAUCGUCUGCACCCACCACACUGUCGCCCCACCACACUGCAGGGGUUGAUAUGAAUGACAGCUUCCUACUCAUCUACACCUCUGGAACCACGGGUAUGCCCAAGGCUGCCAAGAUGACUCACGCAAGGCUUUUCAUGAUGGCUAGAGGUAUCUACAACAUGAUGUGGAUGCACAGUGAUGACGUGGUCUAUGACAGUCUACCAUUGUAUCACACAGCUGGAGGUUGUCUAGGUGUAGGCCAAGCUGUACUGAAUGGCCUCACUGUUGUUAUCAGACCCAAAUUCAGUGUUUCCAACUUUUGGACGGACUGCAUAAAGUACAAAUGCACUGUGGCGCAGUACAUCGGAGAGAUGUGCCGGUUCCUACUGGCCGCGCCGGACGCCGAGUGUCAAAAAAGCCAUGCCGUGAGAUUAGUUAUGGGCAACGGACUGCGACCUCAGAUCUGGCAAGAUUUUGUCUCACGGUUCAAUAUCCGAGAAGUGGGGGAGUUCUACGGGUCCACGGAGGGCAACUGUAACAUGAUUAACACGGAGAAUCAAGUUGGAGCUGUUGGUUAUUUGCCUUGGUUCGCAACUGUGUUCAACCCGUACUAUCUGAUCAAAGCUGAUCCGGAGACUAACGAACCAAUAAGAACAGAGGAUGGAUUCUGUAUACGCUGCGAUGACGGCGAGCCAGGAAUCCUUGUCGGAGGUGUAAAGAAGUCCCACCCCUUCAGCCAGUUCACCGGCUACGCUGACAAGAAGGCCACGGAGAAGAAGAUAUUGAGGAACGUCUUCAAAAGAGGAGAUGAAUUCUUUAACUCAGGUGAUAUUUUGGUGAGGGAUGAAUUUGGCUACUUCUACUUUAAAGAUAGGACAGGAGAUACUUUUAGAUGGCGAGGUGAGAACGUAGCUACAUCAGAAGUAGAAGCUGUCAUCAGUAAUGUGGUGGGACUGAAGGACGCCAUCGUCUACGGAGUGGAGGUCCCUGGCGUGGAGGGUCGUGCAGGUAUGGCAGCUGUAGUAGACCCAGACCACUCUCUACAGCUCACUCUACUGGCCGAGGGUAUGAGGAAGGCUCUACCAGCUUACGCUCGACCUCUGUUCUUACGAGUCAUGCAGUCUACACCUCUAACUGGAACAUUUAAAUUGAAGAAGGUAGAUCUGCAAAAUGAAGGUUACAAUCCGUCUUCGCUGAAGGAUCCAGUUUAUUUCUUCAACGGCACUGCUUUUGAACCCUUGACUGAGAAACUUUAUGGGCAGAUUGUAAGCGGGAAGAUGAAACUGUAAUGACAACAAAAGUUUAAACUAAUGACUUGCCCACCUGUGAUAAUUUGGUUUAGGGGAGUACAUAGUAGGUUAGGUUGAUGCCAGGAAGCCUAAAUACUCUGACGUUUAACAAGUUCGCUGCCAAAUGCAAGUCCGGAAGAUUGAGGGGGACAAUGAAGAAACGGAACAUUGGGAGAAUAAUGAUAGGCUGAUUUUGGAAACAUUGACUAGAGUAUUUUUUGUUUUUAACAAAAAUUUCUUUAGAAGCACAUUUUUGCCUUGGUUUAAUUUUGAAUAGGUUACUGUGCAUAAAAUGCAGAAAUUAGAUUACUGUAGACCAAUUUGAACCCCAAGGUGUACCACAUGUACACCUCAGUGCUGUUUUGACCCUUUAUAAUUCAAAACAGCAAGGCAACCUCACAAACGUAAAAAAUAUUUAAGCUUUACUUUGAAGAAUUUAGCUUGGUAUUAGUUAAGUUGGGCUUGAAUAGUGUUCCAUAAAAGCCGGCCCAAGUGACGGAUUCUUGGGAGAUGUAUCGUGGUUUAAUGCUAGGCUAAGAGCUUACGUUCAAUUUAUUUUUCUUUGCAUGUUGGUAGCGAACAGGUUAAAAAACGUAGACCUAUUGUUUGGAUUUAGGGGUAAAAAAUUUUUAUUAUCCUGUUUAACGUCAAGCUGUAAACUUGCAUUAAUCCUUGAUAGUUUUGUAUAUUUAUUUAUUUCUGCUGCAUGACUAAACUUACUUCAGAUUUAGUCAGAUUAACUGGUCUCAUUUUAGUCAGUUUACUUAUUUAUAUAGUGUUUUAAGGUUAGUAGUUAUUUAAGAAAAUGAAAAUCCAAACUAUUGAGUGCAAUCGAAAACCAAAUGUCCUUUAGUUGUGUUAAGGCGAGGUUAGAAGGGACUACUGAGAAUAUUAACAAUAUUUGUGUGUAAUCGGUGGCAUUUAUUACUCACAUUCCAAAAUAUUUCAAAGAUAUUCAUAUUUUUAUAACCUUACACACAAACAACGUAGAUAAGGAUUUUUUUGCAACUGAUAAAUAUAGAAUAACAUUACUUAUUUUUACAUACUAAGCGUUAUAGAGUCUCAUUUUCUUAGCUAUGCUCUCAGAUAGAAUUUAUUUCAUUUUCCCUGACUUAGCUUAUUUUUGUUCCAAUAAAAGAUGAGGAAUACGAUGGUUUUUUUUAAGAGUGGGUUUAAGGUUACAUACCUCCCAUCCCCUUCAGAGAUGAAAACAAAAACCUUUUAUAAUCUUAGAGUUAGAAUAUAAGAAAUUAGAAGAAAUUUUAACCCCUAAACUAUUGAGUUAUUGCAACUCGUAUUUACCUAAGCUACUGAUAUCUUCAGACUGCUAAAAUUGAGCAAAGGAUUUCACUAGCAAAUGUUAUUCAUGUCUGAACAAAAACAUAACCUAAGAGUUUGUACAAUAAUAAAGCGUAGUUUUGUUUAAAAAAACUAAUAUCUUUAAAACAUGUACUGAACUGUAAUAGUAUAUUACGUUACUAGUCCUGAAAAUAGGUGUUUACCGGACGAGUGUGGUCGUUCCAUAUUACCAUACGAGUCCGGUAAACAAAUUUUUUGCAAGUGACGUACGAUAUUUUACGCCAUACCACUAAAUCUGUACAAAUCCUUCUAUAUUACCACCAACUAAAGGACUAACAAUCACUAGUCAUAACCUAUAAAAGAGGUUAUGUUUUUGUUUAUAGCCACUCAUUGCCAAAUACAGUAUAAUCAGCUGUUUGGUGUCCGGUAAAACUCAUUACAGUACAGUACUACGCAAUGAAACCCCAUUUGAUUAAGCUGGCGACAAACAGCUGUUUUCUGGAUUAAAUCCUUGCUUGGGAAGUUCAUCAAAAUACUGUAGUAUGGCGUAAAAACAAAUUAAAGGCUUGGAAGUGUAAACGAGAAAGAUCAAAUUAAGACAUUUUAUUUCUAUGCAGAUUCAAAGUAUACCUUUUGCUCAAAUUUGUGUCAAGUACAUAUGAAGGAAAACUUGUAUAAUUACAAACAUUCUGUAGUGCCAUUGCAUUGUAGUGUAUUAAAGUCAUGAACAAUUGUUUUUAAUCGAAUAUCUCUUUUGCUUACUGUGUAAAGCUAAGGUUGUACGUUCAGUAUCAUAUUGCUACUUGCUUUUACCUUAUUUAAAAAAAAUUGUGUAAACUGUAUUGUUGACUAAAUACUUGUUGGCACUUUUUUAAUGUAAUGUGGUAGUAAAUGUAUUUGAGAACA